UCAUAUAACACAUGAGUAGUUACCUCCCCUUAAACAUAUUUUCAACAUGAACCAUCACUCUACACCUUCCACCCUCAACACCACCAUCAUGCCCACUUUUUCUCUUUCUCAUUUUCCGACUGUCCGGCAAUAUCAGAUAUUGCCGGACGUUCAAAUCCUAGAGCUAUUCAUUGCCCUUUUCGUUUUCGUUGCCAUACAUUCUCUACGGCAACGAAAACAGAAAGGGCUACCCGUGUGGCCACUUGUGGGAAUGUUGCCAUCCUUAGUUCUUGGACUUCGAUUCGAUGUCUACGAAUGGAUAUCUCAAAUUCUGUCUAGACAAAAUGGUACCUUUGUGUUUAAAGGUCCUUGGUUUACCAAUCUUAAUUGUGUGGUCACUUCCGAUCCUCGUAACCUCGAACAUCUUCUGAAAACCAAGUUUAACGCAUACCCGAAAGGCCCCUACUUCCGCCAUACACUCCGUGAUCUUCUUGGCGAAGGAAUUUUUAACGCCGACGACGAUAUUUGGCAAAAACAAAGGAAAACCGCGAGCAUCGAGUUUCACUCAUCUAAAUUUAGAAACAUGACAACCACGUCGUUAUUGGAACUAGUCCAAAAACGACUGUUGCCCGUUUUACAGGAGUCUGUAGAUCGAUCUAUAUCAAUCGAUCUACAAGACAUCCUUUUAAGAUUAACAUUCGACAACGUUUGCAUGAUCGCUUUCGGGGUAGACCCGGGCUGUCUAAGCCCAGGUCUCCCCGAAAUACCCUUCGCUAAAGCUUUCGAAGCCGCAACAGAAGCAACCGUCCUACGGUUCGUUACUCCAACACUAGUUUGGAAGAUCAUGCGCCAUUUCAACCUCGGAUCCGAAAAGAAACUGAAACAUUCCAUAAAAGGAGUCGACACUUUCGCAAAUGAAGUGAUUCGAACCCGAAAGAAAGAACUAUUGUUGUUGCAUGUUGAUGAUCAUGAUCAUGAUGAUUAUAUUUAUAACAACACACAAAGGUCUGAUUUGUUGACAAUAUUUAUGGGACUUAAGGAUGAAAAUGGACACCCUUUUUCAAACAAGUUUUUACGUGAUAUAUGUGUCAACUUUAUACUUGCUGGAAGGGAUACUUCAUCAGUAGCUUUGAGUUGGUUUUUCUGGCUUCUUGAUCGGAAUCCAACGGUGGAGGAGAAGAUAUUGUGUGAGAUUUGUGGGAUUGUGAAGGAAAGGGGAGAUGAAGGGGUGGUGAAUAGGGAUUUAGUGUUUAAACCAGAAGAGGUGAAGAAGAUGGAGUAUUUGCAUGCUGCUUUGUCUGAAUCGUUAAGGUUAUAUCCUCCAGUGCCUGUUGAUCAUAAAGAGGUUGUUGAAGAUGAUGUAUUUCCAGAUGGGACAAUACUAAAAGAAGGAACAAAAGUGUUGUAUGCAAUAUACGCAAUGGGAAGAAUGGAACCAAUAUGGGGAAAAGACUGCCGCGAAUUCCGGCCCGAAAGAUGGCUAAGGGACAGGCGUUUCAUGAGCGAAUCGGCCUACAAGUUCACCGCUUUCAACGGUGGCCCAAGGUUGUGCUUGGGUAAAGAUUUUGCCUACUACCAGAUGAAAUUUGUCGCCGCCUCAAUCUUAUACCGCUAUAAAGUGGUAGUGACCGAAAAUCAUCCGGUAGCACCAAAGCUUGCACUCACUAUGUACAUGAAACAUGGGUUGAAAGUGAAGCUUUGCAAACGUAGUGAAUUUGAUCUCUAGAUGUAUCAGAAAAUCAAAGAUUCACAACUUCUAAGUGAAGAUGUGUUGUGUGCUUUUUAACUUAUUCUUUCUCUAUGACUUUUUGGUUUAAACUAUAUUACAUUUAUAAAAUGAUAAGUUGUAUUGCACAUUAUGCAGAAA